AUGCUACAGCUUAUUACUUAUCACUAUGCUAACUACCUUAAAACUACGAGUUGUCAGACCGAACAUCUCAGUCCGUUUCCCGAGACUGAGAUGUACUACUAUACUUAUUACCGAAGGCGCUUCAAAGUCAUUGCGCUACACAAACGCCUGCAUGCACACUUCCCUACCGUUUUCACCGCACUCCCGCGGCUCCCUUUUACUCUUGUGCCAUUGGCGUUCUCGCAGUUUAUCUUGAUUGAAGCCCUGUCGCACCAGGGUUGGAUAGACGUCUUUGGCACGUGGCUACUACAUGCCACUCAUGGAGAGAUGUACCGCACCAUCUGGCUGAUCGGUGUACUUGGAGUAAUCCUGUGCAACAUCUGCGGGACGAACAUUGGUGCAACGAUUCUCCUCACGAAGGUCGUACAUGCAGCAUCACCUAUGUUGUCCAAUCAGACUAUCCGCGCAGCUGCCAUUGCCCUUGCUGUAGCCAGCAAUAUCGGUGCCGUGUCGUUCACCUUCAGUGCAAGCCUCGUGGGGCUUCUAUGGAAAGGCAUGCUCAAGCAGAAAGGCAUCAUCGUAUCGCAGGCGACGUUUGCAUACUGGAAUGCGCUUCCAUUGGUCGUGAUGACGGUUGCUGGGCUUUCAGCAGUCUGUGCUGAGAUGGCUGUUUUAUACUAGGCUGUCUUCCCGGGGGAACCGGGUGGUAUCAUACGCCACAAUGUCCCUGUGUGUUGUAGGUCUACGCCCGCGCUACACCAGAACAGGGAUGUGUGGGCACCCGCCUUUAAAAGCAUACAAAUGCCGAGGACUGGGGGACAUAAGCAAUGUACAAAUUAUUUUUCGACAGUUUCUACUGGAAUUAUAGUGCUACUUAGUCGAUCUUAUAGUCAAUCAGUGUCACUUCAUAAACAUCAUCGUGAUUUUUGUAAAUAGAUAUGCUCUGAAAAUACAGAUGCGCG